GGCUGUCAAGCAUAGCCAGUAGGAGGUGGACGCUACUCAACAGCAGAUUCAUAUUGGAAGCAACAUGGACAUCACAAUCCAGGCGAAAGACUGGCUGUCAGGCAUCUCGCCUGUGAAGAAGGCAAAGCUGUUUUUCUUCUCCACUCAUGCCAAUGCUCCUAGUUCUACGAGAAGUCGCCAGGAGGUCGAGGAGAUCCAAUUUCCGCUGGCCAGUGCUGUCGCCCUUAAAAAUCUCAGCAAAGUAGAUGAGUCCCUAGAGAAGAAGGCAACGACUUUUUAUCAUCACAAUGCGACCGAAGAAACAAUCUCAGAGACAGAUUAUGAAUAUCUGAGCUUCUUCUCCGCCUGCAAAUAUUUGGAUGUUGUUCCAUCUUUUCUUAGUUUGGAGAAGGUAUCUUCUAUACAAGAUAAAUUUGAAAUGGAGGGUGAAGAGCGAGACUAUCGCCUCCUACUGGAUUCUGCCGACCUUGUGCUAGAAAAGGUCUGUAACUCUCUGAAGCCAACAGGAGUGGCUCAGAUUUGGACAGCUCUGAGAAGAGAUUCCUUUCUAGUAAAAGGUAUGAAUAACAUAGAUGUUAUUGGCUUCUUCGUCGAUCUAAACCCAAAAGGGAUGAAAGAGUGCCUAUUCUUCUUCAUAGUUCGUCAUUUGCAAAUGCUAAACAUCAUCAACAGAGUUAGUACAAACAGAUUGGAGCGUUUCAUAGCACAAUGUGAGCAAAACUCUGCUUGCGAAGAGGGGAACACACUUGAUUCUAUUAUAGAGUGCCUGCGUUGCUACCCAGUGGAGUGCUAUCCCUUUGGCUUCUGCCUCAUACUGUCUGUCCACAAGAACCGGGAUGGAGCCAACAAAGAAACUGAUAACGUGCUAGCUAUCUCCAAGCAUCUAGGCAUGAUAUCGCACAAGAAUUUGACUCCAACGAAGGACACCAUUGAAAGCUUUAAAAAUGAGUUGAUGAAGCCUAAAUACCGGUUCUACAGCUCCUUCACUUGCUGGUUCAUGGCUCAUGGGGAUGAGAAGUCCAUGGUGUUAGAUGACGGGAAUACCAUUGAAAGAAAAGAGUUUCUUGAGAUGUUCUCCAACAUAGAGUCUUUCCAGCUGAAGCCAAAAGUAUUCUUCAUGGUCUCAUGCCUAGGUACCAAGAGGUUCAAACCUGAAGUUGAUCACAACGAGAAAAUUGGCGGACAAGGGGAUCACUUUUCUAUUGGCAGCCAUCUGCUCAGGAAUAACAUGCUUGACAUACCCGAUGGUGCGCGAAACAUUUCUCAAACACAGCCCUUCGUGGACAUGCUUGUGGCCUACUCAACAAUGCCGGACAACAUUUCUGGGCGGAAUACCACUCACGGAUCUAUCUAUGUGGACCGUGCGUGCCUGCUGAUGAGUGAAAACAUCAGCAAAGGGAAAAGCUUCACAGAGAUACUGGAGCAUCUGGGCCAAGAACUGCAUGAAAUUCUUCAAGCGGAAGACGAAGAGGGUGGGGUGUACAAGCACGGGUGUCACUUUACUUCCUAUUUCCGGAAGACCCUUAAACUGCCUGUUACACGAUAUAGCAAUUAAGACCUACCUCCCCCACCACCAGCCCCACCCCCCAAGCACACACGCACACACAAUUAGUAUUUAUGCACGAGUCAGUCAGACCCUCCCCUCCCUCCUCAAGUUUCGACACCUAUUCCACGCCGAGUAGACCUAAUCUUGACCUAGUGUUAUUGUUUCACUGGUGAAUCCUGAGCUAAUCAUCUAAUUUAAGCAAAUAAAAGUGAAUCUUGAACGAAUACUUUGGUUCUGAGAGUGAGUAGGCAUCGAAUAUUGGUCAUAAUCCCUAAUCAAGAGAUAAACACCCCAUACAAGAAUUUUCCCAUGAGAAAGUCCUACACACCACCGCCGGACGAUCAAGUUGGUAGCAGCCUAGCCAUGCUGUCCAGCACACGGAUUGCGGUGUUUUAAUGAACCGAUGUCAUGGUUACAAGUUGUAUUUGGACUUUGUAAGUCACUCAACUCUUUCUGAAAUUGUGUUGGUUUCGGUCAUGAUACUUCUGGCUUACACAAAUUCGCCCUAGCCUGUUGUGCUGUGGUUUUGAAAAAGAAAAAAAAAUCUCUUCAUUGUAGUCAAUUUCUCAUAUAAAGUGGUGAAUCUUUGCCCAACGUAUUCCCAACAUGUAGGAAUCUAAAGUGGAUCUUAAGAGUACAUGAAACAAUGUGAAUGGAGGUGAAUGUUUGAGGAGGGGAUGUUGGAGGUUCCGACCGACGGGUGCAUUAGUCUAAAGGCCCUAGCACACUAUCACUUUUUUCUGUCAAUUUUUGCAUUAUCGUAUGAAAUUUUCGUAUGGAAAGGGACUGACCCUACCACACUACCAAGACAGCAUACACUGCCAAUGUAAACAAACAUAUCGCCAUUGGAGUGAGGUCCCGGGAAUCACACGAGCAUUCUCAUACAUAUCACGUUAUCUUGAGGAAAUAUGAUCAUGUAUAUUGUUUCUAUGAAUGUUAUAAAAUAUUAGCUUAUGCGGAAAUGGUCGCAACCAUCUUGUGAAAAGCCUCAUAUUCAGACGGAAACGCAAAGGCUGACGGAAAAAAUGCUAGUGUGACAGGGCCUUAAGUAGCAUAAGCAUUUAUAGAUUAAACUGCUUAAAUCUCUUAAUCUUACACGGCGUAUUUUACUUAAGAUCUCCAUAUGAUUAAUUGUAUUUAAUUCCCAAAAGUAUAUACACAUCUUGUU